UGUACACCGCUGUAGACCUUUAAAUCCCAGAAAAGAAACCGCUAAGCUAGAAACCUUCAAACCCUAGAUAGAUGAAUUUGUGAAACCCCUAAAAUUGGGAAAGAAAAACACCUUUAGGGUUUUAAAGACUCUCUCUAAUUGUUUCCUUUUAUACAUAAUAGUAUAUCUAAUAAUUUAUUUACAGUCUCUCUGUUUAUGCACAGCUGACAAUUUUUCUAACAGUGUUUCUCUUAUUACCUUCUGUAGUGUUUUCUUUUGUUUCAGGUGAAAACAGAUGGAGAUGGAGGCUUUGUCUACUUACGCUGUGGUGCCGCAUAGGGUUUUGGGCCCUGUACUCCAGGCGUUCAUGGUUCAAAUUUCGACUAAUAUUGCAAAGUCUCUUGCUUUCCCUCUUUUUAUGACGAGAGCUGCGCUGAUUGUGACUAAAAUAUUCCCUAGAGAACCAGCUGCAUUACAAGGGGUUGUGAUAAAGAGUGAUGUGGAGAAGCAGUCUGAACCAGAGAACAAAGAUGGUGAUGAAACUGGGGAUGAUGAUGGACAUGAACUUGGAGAUGAAGGUGAAGAUCAGGAUGCUGAUGCAGGAGAGGAAGAGGAUGCUGAUGCAGGAGAGGAGGAUGAAGAAGAAGAAGAGCCCGAGACAAAUGAUGGUGCUGAAAAUAAUGACGAUGAGGAUGGUGAGGAUGAUGACGAUGAGAAUGACGAGGAUGAUGACGAUGAGAAUGACGAGGACGAGGACGAGGAUGAGGAUGAGGACGAAGAACCAGACGAGGACGAGGAGGAGGAAAUUCCCCAGCCACCAGCAAAAAAGAGGAAGGACGAGGAGGAAGACCCAGAAGAGGAUGACGAGGAGAUUCCCCAGCCACCAGCUAAAAAGAGGAAAUGAGUUCGCUCUUUCUUAUUCUGCUUGUUUCAUAUUUUGCUUCAGGUUUGACAUGGAUUUUAUGGUCAGUACGGCAAGAAUUCUACAAUAAGGGGAAUUGUAUGUUUAAUACAAACUGCAAAAUACUUGAUGAUGUGGAUGGUUUGAUGUUUUGAUUUAUCUUAACUUCUAUUUUUCUAUCUAUACGAAUUCAUGAAUUCGUUGCAUUAA